AUGGCGAAGCCCGCGUCCCCGCAACGACGGCGCAUGGAGAACUUCCGUAAGGUGCGCUCCGAGGAGGCGCCGGUGGGGAGCGGGGAUAAGGAGGGCGGCCCGGGCUCAGGCCCCUUCGCCGACCUGGCGCCGGGCGCCGUGCAUAUGCGGGUCAAGGAGGGCAGCAAGAUCCGGAACCUGCUGGCCUUCGCCACUGCCAGCAUGGCGCAGCCAGCCACGCGCGCCAUCGUCUUCAGCGGCUGCGGUCGAGCCACCACCAAAACCGUCACGUGUGCCGAGAUCCUUAAGCGCCGCCUGGCGGGUCUGCAUCAGGUCACGCGGCUGCGCUACCAGAGCGUGCGCGAGCUGUGGCAGAGCCUCCCUCCGGAGCCCACACCGGGGCAGAAGCCUGGCGAGCCAGCCGCCAGUCUCAGUGUACUUAAGAACGUGCCCAGCCUCGCCAUCCUACUUUCCAAGGAUGCCCUGGAUCCGCGCCAACCCGGGUACCAGCCGCCGAACCCCCAUCCCGGCCCCUCGUCCCAGCCAACUGCUCCGACGUCCAAGAGGAGUCUAGGGGAACCUGCUGCUGGAGAGAGCUCCGCGAAGAGGUCACAACCCGAGCCAGGUGCUGCUGAAGAGGACCAGACCGCCUGA